AUGAGUGAGCAGUGGCAAAGUCCAUUUGAAGAGCGUCCCGUGUCUCUCCCAACUGAAGUGGAGGUAACCUCACGAGACGUGCAGCGAUCCUGGGCAAUCAGUUCCGAACUACCUCGCCAGCAUCUGACCAAUCUGCUAAAGGCGUUGAGGCAGAUGACGCCAGAGGAGCUGUACAGCUUGCCCUUGGACGCACGAACACUUCUCGGCGGAGCAGGCGAUCUGCCACCGGUAACGGCAUUGGGCGGCGGUGAGUACGUUCACUUAGGACUUGUAAAGCAGUUGACUGAGCAGUUACGUGCCUUUUCCAUGAAGGUGGUUGGUAAAGAGAUAGUUGCUUACUUGGCCAUUGACGGUCUUCCUAUUCACAAGAAGACCAAAUGAGAAUUUUGGCCAAUUUUAGGCAGAAUUAUCCAGCCAUUUCUUUGUCAUAUUUUUGCUGUAGGAAUUUAUUGCGGGCAGGGAAAGCCGCCGGAUGUUCAAUCGUUUUGUAAACCUCUAGUUGAUGAGUUAAGAACCCUAUCAAGUUCAGGUCUUCGUUUCGACGACAUCGACAGAACGCUGCAGUUUCGUCUGGCAGCCGUUAUCUGUGAUGCGCCUGUCAGGGCAUUCAUUAAGCAAAUUAAGACCGUUAAUGCAUACUAUGGUUGUGAACGUUGCUAUGUAAAAGGGGAGUAAAUUGAUAAAGAAGUUUAUGACAGUGUGUCUGAGCCUGCUAGGACGGAUGAGGACUUCUUGACUCCUGUUGAUGGCAGUCAUCGAGUCGGUAUUUCUCUGUUGCUAGUUUGUAAUGUAGGAAUGAUAAGUGCAUUUCCUCUAGAUCCCCUGCAUUUAGUUUACCUAGGUGUAAUGAGAAGGCUGUUGAACUUGUGGCUUCGGAACCCAAGGGAUCCAAUUGGAUCUAGGGAUUUCAGACGGCUGUGUACAACCGGGCUUCGGUGCGGAAAAGGAGUGUGGUCAAAACGCAGAUACAACCCUCAUAAGGUACGACAUUUCGCUUUUAUUUAUUGCUCACAUACAUUAGGUUCGCAGAAGUCCUUACUGCUUGUUGCAUGUCUACGAUCUACCCUGCCCAGUACACUUCAUUCCAUUUCCUUCUUAUUUACUUUUAUAGAAAUUGCAAUGGCCGUACUAUGAGCAUCGAAAUUCGCUAG